AAAAAAUCUCUUGUUCUUUUUUUCUUUGUUCACUCCGAAACGCAUUCUCCUAAUCGGCGACACCGCUUUGGCUAGGUUGGGCGGUUACCGAAACGGUUGCGUUUCGUAUCCUCACCAAUCACUGCCUCCACCUCCUUCAACUCUAGGGGUUUCUGUAUUUCCUAACGGUUUUUUUAAUCUCUACGUUCUGCGCUCAACACAAUAGGGAUAUUGCGUUCUCUUCAAUUGCUGAUUUCUGGAGUUCCAUUGUUGCUAUAACCGUGCCUGUUCUGGUGCGGGGAUCGGUUUCUGCCAUUUGGAGGUGAGGGCCUCUAUUAGAGUUUCGUACUGAAUGCGAAUCCAUCUUUUUUGGAUGAAGAUGGAGGCAUAGAGAACCCUUAUUUCCCAUUCACGGCAUUGUCUUGGUUUUUUAACAAGUCAUUGGGGGAAUUGCUUCUACCCCCUCUGUUUUGACGCCUUGUUUGAUUGCGGAAUAUAUGAGAUAGUUUAAGCAUUGGAUUGUAGUUUCUAUAUAGUGAUAGAAGACCAUUAGAUUUGUGGGGUUGUUGCUACUGUGAGGAUAAGCUUUCGGUUUAUUGUCAGCUGGAUGGUACUUCUGAUUUGUGGAUUAAUCUAAUUUCAUGGUGGUAUUGUUGCCAUUGGCGUUUGGAAUUGUGUCUUUUCGAUACUGAAGAAGGUUAUUUCUUAAUUAGUCUUGGCAUUUAGAGGAAAGAAAGAUGAGUUGCUAGAGUUAGAUUCGGAAGUUUCAUAGUCAAGUAUAAGUCUUUUUGUUUAAGGGGUAGGGGUGGUGAAGAAGGUGCUCGCGCAAUUGAGUUAGUUCUGAUCAUGUUCAGUGUUCGUUAUGGAAAAAAGUGAACCUGCGUUAGUUCCAGAAUGGUUGAGAAGUGCUGGAAGUGUUGCCGGGGCUGGCAGUUCAGCCCACCAUCCAUCUACUCAUACAGAUGCUAACAAUCACACAAGGAAUAGAUCUAUUAAGGCCACAAAUGAUUUUGAUGGUCCUCGCUCUGGGUAUCUUGAACGGACAUCAUCAUCUAAUUCUCGGAGGAAUUCUAUUAAUGGUUCUGCCAAGCAUGCCUACAGUAGUUUCAACAGAGGUCAUCGGGAUAAGGAUCGUGACAGAGACAAAGAUAGAUCCAGUUAUGGAGACCACUGGGAUCGUGACUGUUCUGAUCCAUUGGCCAACCUCUUUCCUGGAAGGACGGAGAGGGAUGCUUUGCGGCGUUCCCAUUCGAUGGUUUCCAAGAAACAUAGUGACCUUUUGCCCCACAGACUUGCAGUAGAUACAAAAUCUGGUGGCAAUAGCAACCCUAACAAUAGCAAUGGUAUACUUUCUGGGAGUAGUAUUCAGAAAGCUGUGUUUGAUAAGGAUUUUCCGUCACUUGGAGCUGAAGAGAAGCAGGGAAUAACUGAAAUUGCAAGAGUAUCAUCUCCUGGUUUGGGUGCCACUGCUAGUCAGAGUCUACCUGUUGGCAGCUCAGCUUUGAUUGGUGGUGAAGGAUGGACAUCUGCACUCGCAGAGGUACCUGCUAUAAUUGGAAGCACAGCUGCUGGGUCUCUAUCAGUGCAACAAACAGUUACUCCAACUUCUGGAUCUAUAACUUCAACGGCAAAUACGUCAGCUGUUGGUCUUAACAUGGCCGAAGCUUUGGCACAGACACCCUCCCGAGCUCGUUCUACUCCCCAGGUGUCAGUCAAAACCCAGAGACUUGAAGAGCUGGCUAUCAAGCAGUCUAGGCAAUUGAUUCCAGUGACACCAUCAAUGCCUAAGGCUUUGGUUAACAAUUCUUCUGACAAGUCAAAGCCCAAAGCAACAGUAAGAAAUGCUGAUAUGAGUAUUGCUGCCAAAAGUGUGCCACAGCAACCCUCUGUGUUGCACAUUGCUAAUCAAUCUGUUCGCAAUGUAAAUGCCAAGGGUGAUGCUCCAAAGACAUCUGGAAAGUUUACUGAUCUGAAAUCAGUGGUUAAGCCAGUUGUCUAUGAAAAUGGUAUUUCCCCUCAUCUCAAGGAUCCACCAACUCCAACAAAUUAUUCUAACAGCAGACCUGGAAAUCAACUUGCUGUUGCUUCAGCAGGUGCCUCAACACCUUUGAAGAAUCCCAAUAAUGUUAAAUCCCCGACCGAGCGGAGGGCACCUUCUUUGGAUGUUAAAUUAGGUUCCACUAUGGAUAAGAAACACUUGAUGUCUCAACUCCAGAGCCGAAAUGAUUUCUUCAAUAACAUCAAGAAGAAGACAAUGAUGAACACCUCCACAGCUCUUCCAGAUUCAAGCAGAGUGAUUUCACCACCCACGGUGGAAAAAUCUGAUGAUAUAGAUGGGGGAGCUGGUGGCCUUCAAGCAAGUACUCAAGAUCUUGAGAACAAUGCUGAAAUUACCAGCAAUGGUAAUGCUCAUGGAGAUGUUCACAGACUUGCUGAUAAUGAAGAAAAAGAUGCAAUUCCUGAUGAGGAAGAGGCAGCAUUCCUUCGUUCUCUUGGCUGGGAGGAGAAUUCUGGUGAGGAUGAGGGACUCACAGAAGAGGAGAUCAAUGCCUUCUAUCAGGAAUGCAUGAAGUUGGGCACCACUACAUUAAAGCUAUGCCAGGGAAUGCAGCCAAAGUUGUCCAAGUUGCUUGAAUCAUAUGCUACUAACAUGAAUGGUGCUUCUGCUGACUCCGGAUCUGAAGCUUGAUAUUGUUUUAUCCUGGACAGAUCAAAGUUUCAAUUUUUGAUGGCAGAUGGCUAGUAACAUUCUUCCCUUUUGAUUUUAAAGGCAGAAAAUUUGAGAGUGAAAGGUGGGUUUUGAUUGGAGACCCUGCAUUUUGCAAAUAUUGCAAUAAGUCACAGGUGCCUCAAUCCUGCCUGCUUAACAGGGUUUUUCCUUUUUUGGGUUAAAAGUUAUAGGUUGGUUGGGUAGGAUAGGGUAGGGGCCAUUUUGUCUGCAGUGGAAGGUGCUAGGCAAUUGCAUCUUUUGGGGUAU